GAUGCCCGGAUGUAGCCGCCUACGUCACCACACAUUUAUUGUAAACAUGGCGUCCGUGACAACAGCCACCUCAGAGUGGAUUCAGUUUUUUAAGGAUGCUGGGAUCCCAGCCGGCCUCGCUGUCACUUAUGCAGUCUCCUUUGUGGACAACAGAAUUCAGAAGAACAUGCUGAUGGACCUGAGUAAGGACAUCAUGAUGGACCUCGGCAUUACUGUUGUUGGUGACAUCAUUGCCAUUCUUAAACACGCCAAGCAGGUCUACAGGCAGGACAUGUGCAAAAUGGCCACAGAAGCCAUCUCCUCAGGACAGACCAGUGUUCAAGCCGAGCUCAGAAGAACUGCCAACACUCCUGCCACUCGUAUGAUUGCCAAUGCCUUGAGCCACGACUCCCCGCCAGCCACUCCAGCCCGUCGACCUGACAACCGCCUCUCUGUCACCGUGUCCAACAUGCAAGCAAACAAGAGUAACAAAGCAGUUGUAAGUCAGCCAGCAGAUGAGGGGAACGGGUUGCCAGCAGUGAAGCGCCGGCGUGUGACAGCCGAGAUGGAAGGCAAGUACAUCAUCAACAUGCCCAAAGGCACCACGGCACGCACACGCCGAAUCCUGGCACAGCAGGCCAAGAAAGGUUUGAAGCGCACCUCUGUGUUUGCGAGACUUGGGGCUGAAUCAAAGGCAGAUACAACAACAAGCAAUAACAAGCCCACUGGUGUGUUCAGUCGUCUGGACAGAGCGGGUGAAGACGGGCCGAGGCCAGGAAAGAUAGCUGCAAACAUGCACGUAGACGACGAGGACGACAGCGAUGGAGAAGGCUCCGUCCUCCAGUACGCCGGUGUCCUCAAAAGACCUCCUCCCUCCCAGAAGAAAGAGCCCGCCGCAAAACCAGCCCCAACCACCCUGCGGCGCCUGGGAGGCAAAUUCAAACUACCUCCCUCCGACACUCCCACCUCCUCCUCCACCUCCUCCUCCAAUGGCCUCCCACCUGCCAAAAUUAGUGUGCUUCAGAGACUGGGCAAGCUCCCUGCCACGCACCAGAGCACAGCCGGUCCACCUCCACCUGCUGACACACAGGACAACAGAGUGACCAGCACCCGACCCAAAGCUCAGGAGAAACUCACCAUAGCAAGCUCCAAGGUCAGCAGCAGCACCGGGGCCGGCGGAGCAGGAGCAGGAGCAGGAGCAGGAGCAGGAGCAGGAGCAGGAGCAGGAGGAGGAGCAGGAGGAGGAGGAGGGGACAGUCUCGGGGCCCAGAUGGACGUUAAGGCUGUCAGUGUUUUUAAGAGACUGGGCAGCAAGAGAACCUAACACACAUCCAAAAAGAUUAACCAGACUCUUUCUAUACGUUCUUUACAAAAAUUUGUAUCCACACCUUUUUGCAUUUAUCCUGGCAACACACAGGACUGCAGAUUGAUAUUAACUGGAGUUUUUUUUUUUGUUUUGUUUUUUUUUUUGUUCCGCCUGAGUGAAUGGACGAUUUUAAUGCUGCACUGUGGCUUUAGGUUUACUAUUAGAUAAAAAUAGAUGCUUUUUUUUUCACACUUUAGUUACGCUGCCAUUGAAAAAUCACUUCAGUUUAUCUCCAAGCUUUUAAUUUGAGGAUUCUUUCAAACUCUAAGUCCACUGUGUGUAUUUUCUUGCCCGACCAGAAAGCUGGUUAUCAUGUCUCAAUCAUAUCUGCCAUUUAUGAUUUUUUAGAAAUAUAUAUUUAAGUAUACUGUACGUGAGUUUAAGGCAUGAGCAUGACGUCAACCAAGCUGCCCACUAUGGUGGUUUUUUAAAUUUCUCCUGUAACUCCACAUAUAAGGAUGCUGCUGCCUAAACUUCCCUUUUUCUGAGAUUCAUCCUGAAUGAACACACGAGUAGAUGAAAAUGUUGCUAAGAUUAAUUAUUUAGUCGUUGUGUCAAUAUUUCUUUUAAAAUACCACCUCAGGCAGGCUAAUUUUAUUAUUCAAGGUAAUAAAAAAAAAACCUGGACCGCAGUCGGACGUAGAACAAGCAGUGGGGUGAUGGUUAAAUCUUUCCACAUCUUGAUACCUUAAAAUUACCUCCUAUAUCACGUUUUGAGAGUAGAAAAUGGGUAAAAGCGUUGACGAAAGGCUUCUGAAUAUCAGCCUCGGACUUGUGCACGAAAAAGGAAAUUAAAAUGGUUCCACAGAGCGACCUCUCUGAACACUUGAAACAAGAAAAAACUACACCGACACCUCUUCUUCUUCUUCUUCUGCACUCGUGGAUUAGAAGUUCACACCUCUGGACGCCCAAGUCAGCUUUUCUAUCGUAUUACUGAACGUUUUCUAUAACCACCUACUUGAAGGCCGCAUCAGUAGAAUAUUGUUUAUUUCGAAAUGCAAUAUAUAGAUUUGGUAGACUUGAUUUCUCACAGCACAGAAUCUGUUCUGCUGCAUAUUUUUCUAUAUCAUGUUCCCAUGUAAAGAAACUCAGAGAUGCCAUCAGACCGGGUGUCAGGGGGCCACAGACGGUCCAGUGGGUAGGUCACCUUACCCAGUAUGGGUCAUUAACACCUGUGUACUAUUUUGGUUUUUUCAGACUUCACACCACAACUUUGUUACAAACUGUAAAUAUUUGAAAAGUUUAAAAUUGCGUUAAAGACCUUGUUAUUGUUUUAAGGAACAAAGUAGAGCAAACUCACCAUGAAGUGUCAUAAUUUUUAAAAAAUAUUGAACUUGCUGAAGUAUGCUUGGUAAAAUGAUUAAAAAAGAAGGGUCCAAACAUC